CCACAUCCCAUUUCUCCAUGAACCCUAAAAUUAGGGAUACCACGAUCUGUAGUUUUUUCAUAAUGGAGCAGUUAAGAGCCGGCAAUAGAUCACGAUGCAGUGCGAAAUUAACACCAAGCCGAUGAAUUGGAGGUUAAAGGUUCGUAUUGUCGCUUUGGGAAAAACCACUUCACAACAAACUUUGAUAGUCCUUUUCAACUGAGCUUAUUCUGAUGGAUGAAAAGGGCGGCCGCAUUCACGCAAGUGUUGGCAGGAAUAUUAUUCAAAGUUUGAAAAUGAUGAAACAAGAAAUCAAGGAAUUGGGUUUGUACAUCAUGAAGAAUUUCAUGGUUUGUCCAAAUAAGGAGAAACUGAGGAUCAAAGACCACAAGUGUAAGUUGAUUUUCACGCAGAAGACCAUUGUUGAGGAAAUACAGGAUCCAUAUUUUGACAUGUGUAUCUUCAAAUUCAAACCCUAUGAGCAGUUGUCUAAUCCAGAGGACUUUGACGACACCGAACUAUUCGAUGUUAUCGGCCAAAUUGUGAGUUAUGGGGACGUACGUAUGUCAACCAAGAUGGUAACAUCCGGAUGUUCAUGAACGUUGAGUCAGAGAUUAUAAGUAAGCU